GCAGGCUUCAUAGAUGGAGCUACUCCUACAAGAGCUUAGUUCAGCUUCCAAGCUCUUAACUGACUUUAGGGAGAUGUACGAAUAUGAGAACCGUUUAAAAACCUUCACCAAGUGGCCCUUCCAGGAGAACUGCAAGUGCACUCCAGGGAAUAUGGCAAAGGCUGGCUUCAUCCACUGUCCAAGUGCAAAUGAACCAGAUGUGGCAAAAUGUUUCUUUUGCUUGUUAGAACUGGAGGGCUGGGAACCAAAUGAUGACCCAUGGGAGAAACAUGCCAAACAUAGCACCUGUGACUUUUUAUCCCUUCCCAAGCACUUUGAUGAGCUGACAAUGGAGGAGUACUACAUGCUGGAGAUGACACGGCUCAGAACCUUCAUUUGCAAGGUCGGCAGGCGCACAAUAAACGCUUUUCAAGAAGAAGUCGCGGCAACAAGGCAGCGGUUCGUGGAUUACUUUGGCUGCAGACCCCAGCUCCCAGCACUGCUGCCUCUCAGGGAUGAGCCAGCAGCCCAGCAGCCAGGAGACUCAACUGCCAGGCAAAACGAGCCCAGGAGCCCAAGUGAAGUCUGAUUCUAAAAG